GUGUCCAGUGUGCUUGACCUACAUAAACCCUUAGUGGGAAGAAAAACACAGCCUUAACUGGACUCUAACUGGAUCCUGACUGAAACUUCCGGCAAAAAACACCAAAAGAGACUCUGGUGCAAGAAAAUCCACAAAAAAUGCCAGCUCAGGAAAAUUGCGGUUCUCAGGGUCCAGUAGCUGGAGUGUUCCUUGAACAUUCAAAUGAAACCAUUACAAUAUACCAAGCCUUCAAGAAGCGCUUGUUGAAGCCAGGAACAUGUCUGGCACUGUUAGAAGCUCAAGCUGCAACAGGAGGAAUCAUCGACCCCAUCAAAAACUGGACAUGGUCUGUAGAUGAUGCAGUAAAGGAAGGCAUUGUGGGACAUGAAAUGAAAGAAAAACUUCAAUUAGCUGAGAGAGCAAUCACAGGCUACACAGAUCCAUACACCAACCAACAAAUCUCACUCUUUCAGGCCAUGCAGAAAGAUGUAAUCCCAAAAGAAUAUGGCAUUAGAUUGCUUGAGGCACAGAACUCUACCAAAGGGAUAUAUGACCCUACUGAAAAAUGUUACCUAACAGAAAAACAAGCCUAUGGGAAGGGUCACUAUGACAAAGAUCUUUUUAGAGACCAAGUGGAUGCUCUAAAAGUAUUCUAUGACCCAAACUCUCAAGAAAACCUCACCUAUGCAUCACUGAUAAAGAAAUGCACUGUAGCCCCAGAAACAGGUUUGCUGCUGUUCCCCAUCUACAUCACAUUUAAAGGCCUCCGCAGAGGCGUAACCUCUGCUGAGCUUCUGGCAUCAAAAAUUAUUGACCAACAGACAUUUGAAAAUCUGCAUAAGGGUAAAACCACCACCCAGGACGUGAUGUUAAUGGAAACAGUGAAAGAAUAUCUAGAAGGUAAAAAGAACAUUGGGGGAGUAGCUGUGCUCUCCACAAACAAGAGAAUGAGCAUCUAUCAGGCAAUGAGACAAGGUAUGAUCAUGCCUGGCUCUGCUUUGAUUCUGCUGGAAGCCCAGGCUGCAACUGGAUUCAUGAUUGACCCUGUUGAAAACAAGACAUACAGUGUAGAGGAAGCCAUUAAACAAAAACUUGUAGGGCCAGAGUACCAUGCAAAAUUGCUCGCAGCAGAACGUGCAGUCACUGGUUACAACGAUCCAUACACUGGUGAAAUUAUAUCUCUUUUUCAAGCUCUGAAGAAGGAACUGAUCGUAAAGGAACAUGGGAUCCGAUUGCUUGAGGCACAAAUUGCAACUGGUGGAAUUAUCGAUCCAAUAAACAGUCACAGAGUUCCUGUGGAUGUAGCAUACAAGCGUGGCUUCUUCAAUGAGGAAAUGAAUGCCAUCCUUGAAGAUUCUGGAGAUGACACUAAAGGUUUCUUUGACCCAAACACAAACGAUAAUCUGACAUAUCUGCAACUGCUGGAUCGUUGUGUCAUCGACCCCUCUACAGGACUCACGUUAUUACCCAUUCACGAUCCAUCCAGUAGUCUGAAUCACACAUUCAUUGGCUAUGACAUCAAAAAAGUCUUCAAGGGUGUCAUGGUAAAAGUGACAUGUGGAAAAUACAUGGGAAUGACUGUUUCGCUCUGGGAAUUACUUAUGUCUGAAUAUUUCACUGAACAGCAAAGGCAAGCCUUCAUCGAGCAAUACAGAAACAAAACACUCACAAUUGAAAUUAUAGUCACCAAAGUUCUGGAGAUCAUUGAACAUUCAGUGAAAACAGCUAAUGUAGUUUUUGAAGGUAUAAGAGAAAAAGUAACUGCAAACCAGCUCGCUGAGGCUGACAUCAUCACAGAGAAUGAUCUAGCAGAUCUCAGAGAAGGAAAAAAGACAGUAAAAGAUGUUACAGAGAAUGAAUCUGUGCAAACAUACCUACAAGGAAAACCAAGCAUUGCUGGUGUGAUGCUUCCUGACUCCCAAAUAAUGUCAGUCUACCAAGCCCGACAAAAAGGAAUUCUGAGGCCAGGAACAUCACUUGUUCUUCUUGAAGCCCAGGCUGCAACAGGAUUCAUAAUUGACCCAAUUGCUAAUCGAAAGUUUUCUGUAGAUGAUGCAGUGAAGGCACGCGUUAUAGGGGCUGAUCUUCAUGCGAAAUUAAGUUCAGCAGAGAAGGCAGUGACAGGUUACCAAGAUCCUUACACUGGCAAGAAAAUCUCAUUGUUCCAAGCAAUGCAGAAUGAUUUAAUUGUGAAAGAUCAUGGCAUACGUCUGCUAGAGGCCCAGAUUGCCACAGGGGGCAUCAUUGAUCCUGUAAAUAGUCAUCGCAUUCCUGUUCAUAUUGCUUAUAAACUAGGAUAUUUUGAUACAGAAAUGAAUCAGAUCCUUUGCGAUCCAACUGAUGACACAAAAGGAUUCUUUGACCCAAACACUCAUGAAAACCUUACUUAUAUGCAGCUUUUGUCCAGAUGUGUCACUGACCAAAGCACAGACCUUUGCCUCUUGACAAUCAAAGGAAACGACAAGAGAGUCACAAUAGGGGGCAGUGCCAAAGAAGUGUUCCAAACCACGUAUGUCUCUGUGAGAUACGGCAGAUUCAGCAACAAGAAAGUGACACUCUGGGAUCUCAUCAACUCUGAAUAUUUGUCUGAGGAGAAAAGGCAGGAGCUGUUAAAGCGCUACAAGUCCAAAACAAUCACAAUAGAAGGAAUCAUAACAAUUAUUUUAGAGAUCAUUGAGAGUAAGGAAGUACAAAGAAAUGCUGACCUCAGUGUAAAUGGUCUUAGGGGAAAAGUCUCUAUUUUGGAGUUGCUGAAUUCGGCAAUAAUAGAUGAAAAAACAUACAAAAAUGUGCUUGAGGGGAAGCUAACAAUCAAAGAUCUCGCUGAGAUGGGCACUGUGAGAAACUUCCUUAGUGGAACAAGCUGUAUAGCAGGUGUAAUAUUGCAAAAGUCAAAUCAGAAAAUGAGCAUCUACCAAGCCAAAAAAGAGGGCUAUCUUACCCCUGGCACUGCCUUGUGUCUUCUUGAAGCACAGGCUGCCACUGGUUUUAUUAUUGAUCCAAUACAAGACAGGAAACUCACUGUUGAGGAGGCCUUGAAGCAGAAAGUCCUUGUUCCAGAGUUGUAUGAAAAACUCUUGGCUGCUGAGAAAGCAGUGACUGGUUACAAAGACCCAUACACUGGCAAGACAAUAUCACUUUUUGAAGCCAUCAAGAAAGACCUUAUUGUAAAGCAGCAUGGCAUACGUCUACUUGAAGCCCAGAUUGCUACAGGUGGCAUCAUUGAUCCUUUAACAGGUUUGCAUUUACCACUUGAAGUUGCUUUCAAAAAGGGUUAUUUUGAUGCUGACUUAAACAAGAUCCUUGCUGAUCAAAGUGAUGACACUAAAGGAUUUUUUGAUCCCACCACACAAGAAAAUCUGACCUACAUGGAGAUGUUGGCACGAUGCAUCAAGGAUCCUGAAACUGGUCUUUUCCUUCUUCCAGUCGCUGAAAAGGGGAAAACACAAGAAAAAUCACAAAAAAAUCUCUCAGAUGCUGAGAUCAAGGAAGAAUUUGAGAAAAACAGUGUUGUUGUUCCUGUUGGCCAUUUCUCUGGAAAAUCUCUUUGGGAAGUAAUACAUUCCGUAUACUUCACAGAUGAACAGAGGCAGCAGUACUUUGAACAAUAUCGUCUGGGCAAGAUAAACAUUAAGGAUGUUGUCACCAUAGUUACCAAAAUUAUUCAAACAAUAGAACAGAAAGAAGAAACUUCUCAAACAACAAUGGGCCUGAGAAAACCUGUUUCGGUGCAACAGCUGCAUGACUCUGGAAUCAUUGACACCAAAACUUACAAAGAGCUGCAACAUGGUAAGGAGAUACUUGAAAAUGUGGUUAAACUUGAAUCUGUUCAAAGGUACUUGAAAGGCACUGGAAGUAUUGCUGGAGUAAAGCUUCAUCCAUCAGGAAAAGUGUUAAGUUUAUACAUGGCAAAAACUGAAGGCGUACUCACUUCUGAUGCAGUACUCUUGUUGCUUGAGGCUCAGGCAGCAACCGGAUAUGUUAUCGAUCCGAUCCAAAACACACAUCACACAGUCAUGGAGGCUGUCAGAGCUCAAAUUAUUGGACCAGAGAUAUUGGAGCACUUACUAUUGGCUGAACAUGCUGUCACUGGCUUCAAAGACCCAUACACAGAUGAGCAAAUAUGCUUAUUCGAAGCAAUGCAAAAAGGUCUCAUCCCUCAAAAACAUGGAUUGAACCUCUUAGAUGCACAGCUUGCCACAGGGGGAAUUAUUGAUCCAAUUGGCAGCUACAGGCUGCCUGUUCAGAAGGCAAUAAUGAAAGGAUGCGUGAAUAAUGAGACCAGUGAUCUUUUGGCAAAUCCUAUAAAUAGUGAAAAGGGGUUUUCUGACCCAGAAACUAAAGAACCUCUUACUUACCAACAACUCGUGAAGAAAUGUGAAAGGAAUUCAACCGGCCUGCUGCUUCUCCCAGUAACUGAAAAGAAUACUGAAAACUCAACCUACAGUGACAAACAAAUAAUAAAGGUCUUCAAAGAAAAAUCAGUGAUCAUCAAUGCUGGUAAGUUUGCAGAUAAACGUGUAUCACUUUGGGAUGUACUACACUCAGAAUAUGUCUCUACAGAGAAAAGGAAAGAAUUUCUUGACCAAUACAAACAAAAGAAACUGUCAAUAGAGGAGAUAACAGAAAUGGUGACAGUAAUGAUAAUUGAAGUAACGACAAAAAAGCAUUCAUUUAAAGGUCUGAGAAAACGAGUGUCAGCAAGUGAGCUAUUUGGGGCAAAAAUCAUCUCAAAAGAAAUGAUGGGUAAGCUUAUCAAUGAGGAAGUAGAUGAUGAAGAUAUCAACCAAAUGGAAUCUAUUCAAAAAUACCUUGGAGCAACAAACUGUAUUGCUGGUGUGUAUGUCCAGUCUACAAAACAGACCAUGAGAAUCUUCGAUGCCAAAAAUAAGGGUCUUCUGACACAAGGCACAUCUCUGGUUUUGCUUGAGGCUCAGGCUGCCACUGGCUUUAUAAUUGACCCAGUGAACAACAAAAAGCUUUCAGUAGACCAGGCUGUGGCUGAAGGCGUUGUGGGGAUGGAAUGGAAAAGUAAACUGCUCUCUGCAGAACGAGCAGUCACUGGUUACACAGACCCCUACACAGGCAAAACAAUCUCUUUGUUCCAGGCCUUGAAAAAAGAUCUGAUUGUCAAGGACCACGGCAUUCGUCUGUUAGAAGCUCAGAUUGCCACUGGGGGCAUCAUUGAUCCUGUGCACAGCCAUCAUGUUCCUGUGGAGGUGGCUUACCAAAGAGGGUACUUUGAUGAGGAGAUGAACAAGAUCCUCUCUGAUCCAGAUGAUGAUACCAAAGGAUUCUUUGAUCCCAACACUCAGGAGAACCUCACAUAUUUGCAACUUGUGGAACGAUGUGUUAGCGACCCCAAGACUGGCCUAAGUUUGCUCGCUUUAAAAAAGUAAUUGACUCUUACCGGGUUCAAUCCAGCAGUAGCCAACUGACACACUACGCCACA